UGGGGAUGGAGGGCUUUGCGCGAGCUGUGGGAGCCACGCGCCAUCUCUAUGUUGCGAAUUGCUUGGGGAUAGCUCUGGAAUCCGUGAAAGCGGCAUUCUCCAAGUUUGGGCCGGUACUGGACGCUUGCGCCGCGGAUUCGAGCAAGGCUAGGGUCAUCGUGUCGUUUGAGAGGGAGGCGGAUGCGGCGGCGGCCAGGGAUGCGUGGAAUCGGCAAUGCUGUGGAGCGCUCGGGGAGCGCGCGCUGGUGAUCGAAUUCGCAGCUCCUCGUGAGAGAAUCAAGUUGGUUGAGGUACCAGUGAGCACCUCGGCUCAGGAGCUGGGAAUUCCAGGCCUCUCUUUGCUGACGGAGUUUAUAUCAUCGCGGGAAGAAGAGAGACUUCUUCAAGAGGUCGAUGCUAGGCCGUGGCAAGCUCUUGCGAAGCGUCGAGUCCAGCAUUAUGGAUACGAGUUUCUAUACAACGCAAGAAAUGUGGACACCUCCAAGUUUUUGGGGGAGUUCCCAGACUUUCUCCAGCCAUUGCUCGAGAAGAUUUCCUCGAUUGCUGAGCUCCAGGAAACGUCCGAGGCGACGUUUCCUUUCGACCAACUUACGGUUAAUGAAUAUCCUCGUGGUGUGGGCUUGUCCCCGCACAUUGACACUCACUCCGCGUUCCAAGGCUCAAUAAUCUCUCUUUCUCUGGCUGGCCCUUGUGUCAUGGAGUUCAGGAAGUACGCGAGCGAAGGUGUGUCGCCGGAGUUUGAAAGAAAGGCGUUGUUCCUUCCGCAAAGAUCAUUGCUGAUUCUAUCCGGAGAGUCACGGUAUGGAUGGCACCACUAUAUACCGCAUCACAAGUUUGAUCUCGUAUCUGGUCAGAGCGUCCCGCGAGAGUCGAGAAGAGUCUCCUAUACAUUCCGAAAGGUUCGUCAUGGUCCCUGUCGUUGCAACUUUCGGCAGUAUUGCGAUUCUCAGUGCCAUUCUCAAUCCGACUCUGGAGCUCCAGAGAUAGUUGAAAGUGUUGAUCAAGAAGAAGCCGAUCCAGAUGACCUCGUAACGCCGGAAAUAGAGAAAACUUUCGUUCACAAAGUCUACAACGCCAUUGCUCCACACUUCAGCUCCACAAGGUUUGCAAAGUGGCCCAGAGUUGCCGCUUUCCUCGACUCGCUGCCCCCGAGCUCGAUGGUCAUCGACGCUGGCUGUGGAAACGGGAAGUACUUGGGCCUCAACGACAGCUGCUUCUUCAUCGGCUGCGAUGUGAGUCCGCAGCUCAUCUCCAUCUGCGCACGAAGAGGCCACGAAGUUUUCGUCGCGGAUGCUGUCAACUUACCGUUUAGAACAGGCUGCUUCGACGCGGCCAUCUCGAUCGCCGUGCUCCACCACCUUAGCACCGAGAAGAGGCGGAGGAAAGCAAUCGUAGAGCUUCUGAGGAUAGUGAGCACAGGAGGCAAGGUGCUGGUCACAGUGUGGGCCGCAGAACAGGAAGACAAAGGACUCGUCAAGAAAUGGACUCCUCUGGAUGAGAAAUGCGUGGAAGGAUGGGUCGGGGACAUGGACGGGGGUGGUAAAAGCAAGAGCUUUCCAGCGACGUCGUCGCCAUCUCUAGCAAAGAUCGACGAAGCCGAAGGAGAGGCUGGAAUGGUUAGCGCUGAAAAUCUGGAAGAGCAGCAAGAGUACUUCGUACCGUGGCACUUGCCUUACCAUCGCGCGGAGAUCGCCGGCUCCGCGGAGGCGGUCGUGAGUGGCUUCGCGAGGAAGGACGAUAAGAAGAACGCCGUCGUCUACAACCGAUACUACCAUGUCUUCGUCAGAGGCGAGCUCGAAAGGUUGGUUUCAUCGAUCGAUGGUGCCGUAAUCGUUGAUCACUUCUUUGACAAAUCGAAUUGGUGCGUUGUAUUGCAAAAGUCGUGACUUGUGUCAUCAAGUUUUAUGAACGAUACGGUUCUCUCUUGUUUCUAA